GCCUUUUCAUCAAAAUUUUUUUUUGUGCGCAUGCGUCAAGAUCAGCCAUGUUUUUCGUACUGUUUUUUGUAAAGAAGCAUGUUAAAGUGCCCGCGUCUAGAAAAUAAAAGCAAAUAAAUAUUAAUUAAGGUAUAUUAAUAUAAAAACAGGAAAAAAAAUUAAAGUAAUAAGUGUCACUAUUGAGAAAUAAAUUUUUGCAACUGAUUGUAAUCAUGUUAUCUGUACGAAAAGGAACAACAAAACGGUGUUGUUAUGGAGUAUGUAAAAGUGACACACGGUAUAAAUCAUUCAAAGGCAAUACAUAUUAUUUUAUAAAUUUUCCAAAGCCUUGUCUAGAGUAUCGGAAAAAAAUUAUCAAAUCCUCAAGCAAAUUACAUAUUAAAGCAUGUGCAAAAUGUGCAAAAUGUGAAUUGUGGGUAAAAAAAUGUGGCCGAAGUGACAGAGGUUUUAGAUCAAUCGAUGAUGUGACUAAGGAUACUUACAUUUGUUCACUACAUUUUCAUGGAGAAAGUGGUCCAACUGAGAAGAAUCCUGAUCCUUUAAGCUACCAAGAAUUUCAACAAAUUGAUAAAUCAAUCGAUAAGGUAGUCAAAGUUAGAACCAGCCUAUUUGAAAAAUAUAAAAGAGCUGAUAUGGAAGGAGAGAAUGAAUCAGAAAAAACAAAAAUAAACAACAUUUCGACGGUUGCGCAGAAAUCUACGGCCCAUGAAGAGAUUUUCAAUGUUCCUGAUGAUACUGCUUGUUUUAUUCAACAAAUAUUACCAGAUCAAUCAGCAGAGAUGAGAAUACUGGAGGAAGAAACUAACUGUGAGGGAACUAACAAAUUUACAACGAUAGAAAUUCAAACCGACAGUAUAAAGAUGCGUAAUAAAAGUGUUCAGGUGAAGUUGCAAAAAAAUUCAGCUGUGGAAAAGUUUGUAAAUGCUAUACGCAUUGAUGAAAAAAAAUGUAUAUUUUAUACAAGUCUGAAUUUUGAGCAAAUUCUAGCUUUGCAUAGAUUUUUGAGUCCAGCUUGUGACAACUUAGAAUAUUGGGGUAAUCGAGAGACAAAAAAUAAAUCUUCCGAAAAUAGUAAUAAAUACAAGUUGACAUCAAUGCAACAGUUAAUUCUGGUGUUAUUAAGAUUACGCAUGGGAUAUUUAAUAGAAGAUUUAACUUACAAGUUCGAUGUUUCUACAGGGUUUGUCUCAAAAAUAUGUACAACUUGGAUUUAUUUUUUGCAUAAUGAAUUUACUACUCAAUUAAAGCCAUUUAUGUUUCCAUCUAGAAAAACGAUAGCUGAAACAUUACCAAAAAUAUUUUGGUCUAUAAAAAACAUUCGAGUUAUUGUUGAUUGUGCCGAGUUUUUUUGUCAAUCGCCAACGAAUUUUGAACACCAAGAUAAUUUACAUUCAAGUUAUAAAGCUCAUACGACUUUUAAAGUAUUGAUUGGCUGCACUCCAAAUGGUUGCAUUAGUUUUGUAUCUGAUGUAUUCGAGGGUUCAAUAUCAGAUCCUGAAAUAUUUAAGCGAUCCAAAAUUGCAGACUUGUUGCAAUCUGGAGAUGUGAUACUUGCAGAUCGAGGUUUCACCGUUCACGAUAUAGUUGAAGCAAAGCAAGCACAUUUGAAUAUUCCUCCAUUUUUGAAUGGACGCGAUCGUUUAACUCCACAAGAGGAGAUGUGCAUAAUUUGCUCGUGCAAGGUAAACUAUCUUCGUCAGUAUCAUCCACAAAAUUUAAUAAGAUAUAUAAUAACGCAGCAACAUGCGAGCAGCGACCCAUACUUGAAGCUUUACAAUCACAAGUACCGUGAAUAA